AAGGCGUAAAGACCCACAGCUGCCCCACAGCCGUCCCUAGAACCCCACGGGGACGGCUUUGGGGUCUCCUGGAAGGCCCUGAAGGUGUGUGGAGCCUCCCAGAACCCCACGGAGAUGGGUUGAGGGUCUCCUAGAAGGCCAUCCGUGGGGUGUGUGGGGCAGAAGAACCUCAUCCAUGGGAUGGAGGGCACUGUGGCUCAGGGCGGCGCUGAGUCCUCCAGGCCGCAAGGGGCGCUGUGGGUGACGGCAGCGGCGCUCUACCCCGCGCGCCCUCGUCUCGCUGGUUCCGGCGCCGCGUGUUCGGCGGGAGGCGGCGGCGGCGGCGGCGGCGGCGGCGGCGGCGGCGGCGGCGGCGGCGCUCGGGCCGGUGUCGCCAUGUGGUUCAUCGCGGCUCUCAGCUGGCUCGCCCUCCUCAUCCAGGUCGCUUUUGUCACCUUGGCCAUCGCUGCCGGGCUCUACUACCUGGCGGAGCUGAUCGAGGAGUACACGGUGGUCACCAGGAGGAUCAUCAAGUACAUGAUCUGGUUCUCCUCAGCCGUGCUGGUGGGCCUCUACCUCUUCGAGCGGUUCCCCAGCGUCAUGGUGGGCGUGGGGCUCUUCACCAACCUGGUCUACUUCGGUUUGCUGCGGACCUUCCCCUUCAUCGUCCUCACCUCUCCCAACUUCAUCCUCUCCUGCGCGCUGGUGAUUUUCAAUCACUACUUAGCGUUCCAGUACUUUGCCGAGGAAUAUUACCAGUUCUCGGAGGUCCUCGCCUACUUCACCUUCUGCCUGUGGUUGAUUCCCUUCGCUUUCUUCGUUUCCUUAUCAGCUGGAGAGAACGUCCUGCCCUCCACCGUGCAGCCCGGAGACGAUGUGGUUUCCAACUACUUCACCAAAGGGAAGAGAGGCAAACGCUCCGGGAUCCUCCUCAUCUUCUCCUUCAUCAAGGAGGCCAUCCUGCCCAGCCGGCAGAAGAUUUAUUGAGCCCCGGAUGCGGUGACGGAGCCGGACACCCCCGGACUGUGGGGAGGGCCGCGAGGCACCUCUGUCCCCUCGCCCGACCCUUCUUCUACGUCUCCCGAAGGGAUUUUGCUAGGAAUGCAUAAACUCGGAAGCCACCAGAGGUGCCGGCAGCGCUGGGAAAGGCGCUCGGCGCAAGGCUUGUGCCUUUUCGCACCCAUUCCCCGCCACGAGGGGAUCUUUGGCUCCAUCGGGAGCGCGAGGAGGCUCUUCCCGCCCGGCGUUCGUGGCGUUUUUUUUUUGGGAAGAGGGGGUGGAAUCCGUUCCCUCGGAAUGCGCCGGACAGGUUCGCACAGAGCCAAGAAUUCAACCCAACCCAACCCAAGUGUCCCCAUCGCGGCCGUUCCCGCUGGGAGCGGCGCUGGAGGAUGCCGGCAUCCGCACGCCUCGGGAUGGCGGCGCGGCACCUCCUGACGGCCCCACCGCUGCCGGGAGGUGACCUGGAAGGGCUCGGCAGCGCCUUUUGGUUCAUUUUAAUGUUGGAAACCCCUGGGUUUCUCCUUUCUCUGUUGGUUUUUUUUUCUCCCUUGGGAAGAGCUUUCCCAGAGAGCGAUUCUCCGCUGCUCCGUGCGGGUGUCUUCUCGGCGUUCCUGGAGCUGCUGAGCUCCCGGAGCGUCCUUCCUCUUCUAAAGAGGAGUUAAUAAUAGAUGGUCCUAUUGAGAAGGAGGCGAAUCCUUUGUUCUUAUUCCUUGGCAUCCUAAAAAACUGGGGUUUUUCCGCCUUUUUUUGCUUCGUUGUCGGUUGCUCUCAGCCUGGGCAGUGCCGAUCCUCCCGGUGCUCGCCCGGAGCCGAGGCCACGUGCGGUUGUAGUGGAGGAGCACCUGGAUUUGGGUGUUUUUUUGAGGAGUUUCCAAGGAAAAUGGUUCAUUUGAUGGCCUGGAAGUGCGGUUUCUGUCCAAUAAAGGCUGUAGAUGGAGU